AUGUCGCCAUACGUCAAAGUAUCAGUGUCUCGCCGACAAAAGGAUGCCUCUGUCACCCCGGCUGUCAGCCCUCGUCGCAGUCCCCGUCAUCGCGUCACUAAGCCAGAGUACAACAUCGGCAGACUUUUCAGCAAGACGAGCUACUCGCAAUCUCCUCCGAAGGCUGCCAAAGACACGCCUUCCUUGAAGAAGGAAGAAUCGCAGAGUCCUUUGAAAUCUGGAUUCAUCGACGCCGAGCAUCAGAACGCCCCGGCCAGGGAUCUCAUCACCAUCAACUGUGUUUGUCGGAAGCCGAAUGCUGGGAAGCCUUACCUCUUCACCAAGUGUGGUCAUGCUGCCUGCCAAUCCUGCCUGGACAACCGUGGAACCUGCUGUGGCAAGGUGCAGAACGUGCAGCUCAACUACCAGGCUGGCGAGUCAAGCUGCGUUAUUUGCCGCGAGGAUGACAAGCACAUCUGGUGCGUGUUGAUCUGCGGUCACCGAUCCUGCAAGCAAUGCUUCGGAAACAUCUCCGCUGACCCAAACCUUCGAAGCUGCCCGAUUUGUCGCAAGAGCUUCCAAGUGGGAUACAUCGUCGCUGCCGAUGCCGACCCGCUUCACUGA